AAUGCGUGCACACACACUGCACGGACUUUGAUCGGACGGAUGCACAAAGUACCUUAUCAGAGGUUCUCAAAAGCAGAUCCCAUUCAGUCGGGCAUGAAUAAUGAUCGUUGGUGGCGAGGGCGAGACACAGAAACAGCGGAGAUGGGAGCAGUUGCGCCUCGGACUUUAAAAAGAAAAAUCGUGAUGAAUUUGUGGGCGUCGUGAGUAGAUAGUGUGUCUAUAUAGGGGCGCAGACAUUUGUGUUUCAAUGUGGGCUACCGAUGAGACGGUUAAUUUAGUUCGGUUGACUCUGUUUGUGGGUCGCCUCUUAUUUUAACGAGGCACUGCAUCAGGAAAUAUGAAUUCGCUUUGUCAAAUCCAAGCAACCUUGAGUUUUCCACUCAACUCCCUCUACCAACCAGCACUCCCCACAUCGGUCAUGACAGCGCAACUGGGCUUUCUAGUUUUAAUAAUACUGUGCGACUGGGUCAAGAAGCCGAUCCUUCAGUUAAUCCAAAAGUUGCUGGUCCACGCACUAUGGUGCGCUCCGGGCCGAAAGUGAUCCGGGCCGCCGAAGUUGUAGACCAUCCCGCUCUGAUCGCUCCUCUUCCCUACCUCAACUUCCUCCGCUUCUUAAAGCGAAAAGUCUUUCGCAGCUACGAUCUGCCCAGCUUACUCCAGGUGGGCGUAGUCCAAUGGAACGCGAUGAGCGAUGCCAAGAAGAAGUUGUUCGAGCCAGAACGCAUCUUAGCCCGUGUGGCUCGCAGGCAAAGGAGGCAAAGGCGUCGCCGAUUGCUACGCCGUAGUCAGCAUGGUCAGAAAGGACGAGCUAUAGUGCGACGGCCCAUCUAUGACCAACGUCCUUCGCCGCGACGUUGAAAACGCAAGUAGUUAUUAGUGGGGCUAUUGCGCCUUGCAUCUGAGCACCUGGAAGUUGUUCCGUUCGUUCACCUGAAACUUUCAGAAUCUACGACUGGCCAAACAACUUUUUCUUGUUUUCCAGCACACAUUUUUCUCUUUCCUUUUCCAGUGGUUGACUGACCCAGUGCCGGCGACUGGCUAUACAAGUAAUUAGCUGGGGAGGUCUACCAAGAAUCCUAAUUAACAUCUGGCGGCCCAUGUCAAACAGCAUGUUGCAGCAGAAGCACACUAUUAUUGUCUUUCGACUUUAAAACUCACAGUCGCGUGGACUGCUGUGAAUGAGGAUAUUCAAACAAAAACAAGUACUUUCACUUUUUACACUGCCUUUGGAGUGUUUCGCAUUUCUCUUGGGGAAGAGGAGCAAACCGAAGAAAAAGUCGAGGAAGUACUUCCGGUUGAACCCGAACCUCGUUCGAAUGCAAAACCUUUUCGAUUUGCUACUUCUGGCACGCUUGGAGAAUUUUGUAAUCUGAGAAACAAAGCUGUUAAAUAUAUAUUUUCACAAAAACAAUGAAA